AUGGUAGAACGUCACGGUGCAUAUAGCGAUGAGCAAUUAUUGGGACAAAUGCAUGAUCAAAAUUUGGUCUCGUUUAACAUUGAAGAUCAAAAUGAUACAGAAUCAUCCACUUCCAUUUCGGUAACAACGAAACGAAAACAACGACGCUAUCGAACAACAUUUAAUAAUUUUCAAUUAGAAGAAUUAGAACGUGCUUUCCAAAAGACACAUUAUCCAGAUGUAUUUUUUCGUGAAGAAUUAGCUUUACGUAUUGAUUUGACUGAAGCACGAGUUCAGGUUUGGUUUCAAAAUCGACGUGCAAAAUGGCGUAAGCAAGAAAAAAACUCUCUUAGUCCGUUAUUGAAACAGCAUGGUAUACAAAAAGAUUAUUCGAAUAUGAUAUCUAUACCAGUAUGCACGACUCCAUUGAGUCCACCAUUAUUAUUUUCAACGCCACCACCUACAAAUGGAAAUUAUCACGAAAUAUCACUGUACAAUAAUCAAUAUCAAAGUACACCAUCGACCUCAUUAAACAUCGAAUCAAUAUCACCAUUACAACAAUCCUCAAAUUCAUUAUUUCUUGACUAUAACUGGUCUAACAAUUUUAGCAAUACACCAAUUGUUAGCAAUAAUCAUUCAAAUUAUGGUACAUACACCAAUAUUUUAACUAUAGAUAAAUUAAAAGAUGAUAAACAAAAGUUAAUCGAUACAUCAACUGAUACAUCAAUAUGUAUAAUCACAGAUGGUAUUGAUAAUGUUGCAUAUACAACAAAACGAAGAUUAUCAAAUGAUGACAAUACUGAUAAUACAAAACAAUCUGAUUUUGAUGAAAAUCAAUAUUUGAAUAUCACUGAUAAUAAUACUGUUGUACAACAUGAAAAAAAUUUAAAGAAUAAAUUACAUAAUUGUUUAGAUGAAAUUGUUGAUAAUGAUAAAAAUGAUAAUUAUGAUGAUAUAUUCACUUAUUUUAAUACGCUGUAA